ACUUUCAAGAAACAAAAGCGUCCAAGCGAUACAGAUCGUUACUUCCGCUGAAAAAUGGAGUCUCUGUUGCCGACAGAAUUAUGGAGAAAUGGACCGCAACCGGGUUCAUUGUAUAAUUUUCCGGGUGGAAAAAUCGCAGGGCACAAUGAACCAGUGAAAAGAACAAUGUACCCCAUUGUGACAGGCACGUCUGUUCUUGGCCUGAAGUUUAAGGAUGGAGUGGUACUCGCUGCAGACAAACUGGGUUCUUAUGGCUCCAUGGCAAAAUUCAGAGAUCUGACCAGGUUAUUGAAGGUCAACGACCAGACAGUGGUGGGGGCUGGUGGAGAUUAUGCUGACUAUCAGUUCCUCACUGAAAUAAUUGAACAGAGAGUUAUCGAGGAAGAGUGUCUUAAUGACGGGUUUGGGUACACGCCUAACAGUCUGUUCAGCUGGCUGACGAGGGUCAUGUACAAUAGGCGCUCCAACAUCAACCCACUCUGGAACACCUACGUGGUGGCAGGAUGGCAGAAGGGGGAAGGGUUUCUAGGGUACGUGGACAAGAUAGGUACAGCCUACCAAGCACCAACCAUAGCCACAGGAUAUGGAGCAUAUAUAGCACAGCCAUUGCUGAGAGAAGCCCUGGAGAAGAAUCCCAACAUGACAGCAGAGCAGGCUGCAGAACAGCUGGACAGGUGCCUCAAGGUGCUCUACUACAGGGACGCCAGGUCACUCAACAAGUAUGACCUGGCCAUCAUUACCAAGGACGGUGUUGAGAUCCGCUCUUCAAUUGUCUCCAAGACCAACUGGGAAAUAGCACACAUGAUCAAGGGCUACGAGUAAACAGAAGAAGAUCUCAAGAAAUUGUUUGAAUAUGUACUGAGACUCCAUUGUGAUAUGAGGUGGUCAUGUUCAUCAAAUGGGCUGUUAAAGUGCCACAUUUUAAAGCAACACAGACAUGAACAUGUGUUAAAAAUUCUUUGUUUAUAAUGUGUUCAGGCAAAUCUUAUGACUUUUUUUCUUUUUUGGAACCAAAAUUGAAGAAUAUUUUUUGUCCUAGAUAUUUGUGUUGCCUGUACUUGGCUGUUGUCUGAAUGAGGCAUGAAUCUGUUACCAGUUUGCGGUCAACAUGCAAGAUGCUCUAAAGUUCAGGGAGAAUUUAAAAGAAAUUUAGAACUGUAGCAAAAAUCCAUUUUAUAUUUGUGUUUGCCUUACAGUGCUCCUAUUUUAUUAAAGCACAUGUUCUUUAGAAUAUCUUGAAUGUGAAAUAAAUUAUUUGUAUUGAUACAA